AGGCGCAGUGCGGCGGCCGAGUCAGUGUGUAUGUGAGACUCUGACGGGUUCAAAAUGGCGGCGGCGGCUCCUGUAAGAGGACAAAGGCGCCGGAGAGACCUGGAGGAAGAGGAGGAAGACAGCAGUCCUGGAGUGUCCUUCUCGCUCUCUUCAGAAGAGUCGGAGAUGGAGCCCGAGGAAGAAAGGAUCCGUUACAGCCAAAGACUGCGUGGCACAAUGAGGCGGCGUUACGAGGACGACGGCAUCUCCGACGAUGAGAUUGAAGGGAAGAGGACGUUUGACCUGGAGGAGAAGCUGUCCACCAACAAGUUUAACUCCACCUUUGUGGUCUUCAUGGAAGGCAAAGACUUCACAGUUGAAUACAUCCAGCGGGGUGGCCUGAGGGACCCUCUGAUCUUCAGGAGUUCGGAUGGCCUGGGGAUAAAGAUGCCAGACCCGGACUUCAGCGUGAACGACGUGCGGCUCUGCGUGGGGAGCCGCCGGAUGGUGGACGUCAUGGACGUGAACACGCAGAGGGACAUCGAGAUGUCCAUGGCACAGUGGGCACGUUACUAUGAGACACCAGAGGCUGAGAGGGAGAAGCUUUACAAUGUCAUCAGCCUGGAGUUCAGCCACACCAAACUGGAGAACCUGGUGCAGAGACCUGCUACGGUGGAUUUGAUUGACUGGGUUGAUAACAUGUGGCCCAGACACCUGAAGGAGAGUCAGACAGAGUCUACAAAUGCUAUCCUGGAGAUGCAGUAUCCAAAGGUGCAGAAAUACUGUCUGAUGAGUGUCAAGGGCUGCUACACAGAUUUCCACGUGGACUUUGGUGGCACUUCCGUGUGGUACCACAUCCACCGAGGGGGAAAGAUCUUCUGGCUGAUCCCUCCUACACCCCAAAACCUGGAGCUCUAUGAAAACUGGCUUCUCUCAGGGAAGCAAGGAGACAUUUUUCUUGGGGAUAGAGUGUCAGAGUGCCAGCGCAUCGAGCUCAAGCAGGGCUACACCUUUGUCAUCCCCUCAGGUUGGAUCCAUGCUGUGUACACUCCCAUGGACACGCUGGUUUUUGGAGGCAACUUCUUACACAGCUUCAACAUCCCGAUGCAGCUCCGGAUCUACAGCAUCGAAGACCGCACACGGGUCCCAAACAAGUUUCGUUAUCCCUUCUAUUACGAGAUGUGUUGGUACGUGCUGGAACGUUAUGUCUACUGCAUCACCAGCCGUUCCCACCUGACCAAGGACUUCCAGAAGGAAUCCCUCAGCAUGGACAUGGAGCUGAGCUCCUCAGACUCAGUGAACAUGGAAGAGGAGGAAGAAGAGGACGAGGACGAAGACGCGGCGGGGAAGGAACCCCGGCGACCCAUCACGAGACGCUCCAUCCUCACCAGCCCCAUCGCCAACGGUGCCAACGUGGACUACGACGAGCUGGGCAGGAGCUGCCGCAGCAGCCUGCCAGGCCUGAAGAAAACCCCAUCUCUAGACUCGUCGGACUCCAGCCGGGGCUCCCAGAACGGCCAGGCCUGCGAGCCCGCCGGCGGCAGCCCCCGCAAGAGCAGGAGGGUGCACCUCACCCAGUUUGAGCUGGAGGGGCUGCGCUGCCUCGUGGACAAGCUGGAGUCUCUGCCCCUGCACAAGAAGUGUGUUCCCACUGGCAUUGAGGAUGAGGAUGCCCUCAUCGCUGAUGUCAAGCUGCUGCUGGAAGAAUACGCCAACAGCGACCCCAAACUGGCACUUACAGGCGUCCCCAUCGUCCAGUGGCCCAAGAGAGACAAGCUAAAGCUCCAGGCCCGGCUGAGGGUGCGCCUGCCCACCAUCCCCAUCACCAAGCCACACACCAUGAAGCCCACCCCUCGCCCCACACCCGUCAGGCCCACGGUGUCUCCCAUCGUGUCGGGCGCCCGGCGGAGGCGGGUGAGGUGCAGGAAAUGCAAAGCCUGCAUGCAGGGCGAGUGUGGCAUGUGCCACUACUGCAGGGAUAUGAAGAAGUUUGGCGGCCCUGGCCGCAUGAAGCAGUCCUGUGUCCUCCGGCAGUGCUUGGCGCCCAGGCUGCCUCACUCGGUCACGUGUGCACUUUGUGGGGAGGUGGAUCAGAACGAGGACUCGCAGGACUUUGAGAAGAAGCUGAUGGAGUGCUGCAUCUGCAACGAGAUCGUUCACCCCGGCUGCCUGCAGAUGGAUGGGGAAGGGCUGCUCAACGAUGAGCUCCCCAACUGCUGGGAGUGCCCCAAGUGCUACCAGGGUGACGACGCAGAGAAGGGCCAGAAGCGGAAGGUGGAGGAGAGCGACGAGGACACGGCGCAAGCCAAGGUGCUGCGGCCCCUGCGGAGCUGCGAGGAGCCCCUGACCCCUCCCCCCAACUCGCCCACCCCCAUGCUGCAGCUGAUCCACGACCCUGCCUCGCCCCGAGGCGUGGUGACGCGCUCGUCCCCCGGCGCCGGCCCCAGCGAGCACCACGGCGCCAGCCGGGACGAGCGCUUCAAGCGCCGGCAGCUGCUGCGGCUGCAGGCCACCGAGAGAACCAUGGUGAGGGAGAAGGAGAACAACCCCAGCGGCAAGAAGGAGCUGUCGGAGGUGGAGAAGGCCAAGCUGCACGGCUCCUACCUCACCGUCACCCUGCAGCGCCCCACCAAAGACGUCCACGGCACUUCCAUCGUCCCCAAGCUCCAGGCCAUCACGGCCUCCUCCGCCAACCUGCAGCACUCGCCUCGCGUGGUCGUGCGCCACGCGCCCGCCCGGACGGCCCUGCGGGGCGGGGGGGAGGACGAGGCGGCCGCCGAGGACGAGGAGGAGGAAGAGGAGGAGGAGGAGGAGACUGCGGAGGAGGGAGGGGCGGCGCGGCUGAACGGCCGAGGGGGCCGGGCGCAGGAGGGCGAGGAGAGCUGGAUGCAGCGCGAGGUCUGGAUGUCGGUGUUCCGCUACCUGAGCCGCAGGGAGCUCUGCGAGUGCAUGCGGGUCUGCAAGACCUGGUACAAGUGGUGCUGUGACAAGAGAUUGUGGACAAAGAUAGAUUUGAGCAGGUGCAAGUCCAUCACCCCACAGGCACUGAGUGGCAUCAUCAAACGACAGCCGGUCAGCCUCGACCUCAGCUGGACCAACAUCUCCAAAAAACAGCUCACGUGGCUGGUCAACAGGCUGCCAGGCCUGAAAGACCUCAUCUUAGCGGGCUGUUCCUGGUCUGCGGUCUGUGCCCUCAGUACCUCCAGCUGCCCCCUUCUCAGGACCCUCGAUCUUCGGUGGGCAGUAGGAAUCAAGGACCCUCAGAUCCGGGACUUGCUCACACCUCCAACAGACAAACCCAGUCAGGACAAUCGCAGCAAACUCCGCAACAUGAUCGAUUUCCGGCUCGCGGGGCUGGACAUCACGGACGCCACGCUGCGCCUCAUCAUCCGCCACAUGCCCCUGCUCUCCCGCCUCGACCUCAGCCACUGCAACCACCUGACAGACCAGUCAGCCAACCUCCUCACGGCCGUGGGCUCCUCCACACGCAACUCCCUCACCGAGCUCAACAUGGCAGGCUGCAAUAAGCUGACAGACCAGGCCCUGCUGUACCUGCGCCGCAUCUCCAACGUCACUCUCAUCGACCUGCGAGGCUGCAAACAGAUCACCCGCAAAGCCUGUGAGCACUUCAUCUCGGACCUGUCCAUCAACAGCCUCUACUGCCUGUCCGAUGAGAAGCUGAUCCAAAAAAUCAGCUAGAGCCCCUCCCCGGGGCAGACUGAGGAGAAGGAUCAGAGCCCAAUCCCGCCCCUCGGAGAGCCGCUCCUCUGCUCCCCGCCCGGCCCCUGCCGCUGCCUCCCCCGGCUUGGCAGGCAGGGCCGCUGCUGGCCUCGCUCCACCGUCCUUCCUCCUCCUCCCACGGGACUUCUGCUGAUGAAGAUGGUCCCUCCAGGCUGGCCAGUACCAGAGGAGGAACGGGCACACGGCAGGGAGCCUGGGCCCGGGGGCUGGCCGCUCCCCAGGCGGAGGUUGAAAUAGAGAUCUCUGUGCAGAGAAAUGGGGCACUCUCUUCCCUCCCCCCCCUCCCGCCACCCCCCAAGCUUUUCCCCCUCCUCCCCCUCGUCUCCUUGCCUCGAAACACUUGUCACUUCCCCGUUAGCACAAAGCUUGAGGGUCAAGGUCUGUCCAAGGGAGUGGGGCUGGAAGGGGUCGGAGCCCUCGGUGCCGUCGCCACUUGCCCUCGCUCUUCCCUCAUCCGCCUGCGGGGGCUGCGCCCUGAGCCCCCUUCUCCUCCCCCCCGUGUCUGGGCGGCUCUUUGGGGAGUGAGGGGCAGGACCCCCGCAGCCAGGGUCUUGGGGAUGGGUUCUCUGGCAGCAGGAGGGGGCCUUUGCAGCCGCCUCUCCCCCUGCCCCGGGAGGCUCCGGGGAGAAAAGCCACAGGUCCAGCAGAGCUCAGGGAGGACUCGUAAAGCAUCAGGCCGGGGUGAGCGAGCUGAGCGUGGGGGAGAGAGCCAGCAGCUGCCUCCUCUUCCUCCCCACAGCAUUGUUUGAAGCACUCUGGGGCCGGAGGGGCCUGGGACCGAACCGCCCCCCACGCAUUGUCCUCUCCUUCCCUGCCCCUCUCCCCCUUCCAACCCUCCUCCCCCUUCGAGCUGCCGUUUUUCCUUUGCAAUGAAUGGUCGGUCCAAAGAACCUCUCUCUAGGGCAGCAGAGAGCUUUUUGCACUUUAAAAAAAACAACAAAAAACAAAAAAACAAAGAAAAAAAAACAAAAAAACCCCAAACAACAAAAAAAACCAACAAAAAAAAGACAAAAAAAAAAGGAAAGAUAAAAAAAAACAACCCAGGUUAAAAUCUUCUUUUUGGGUCACUGUUUUAUUUCCCUCCCUGUCCUGCCUGUGCCCACACCCUCCCCCGUGUCUCCCCUGCUGCCAGAGCCUGCCCUGGCAGCACAUAGCACAAAGCAGCCCCCCUGUGCCCCCCCGUGCAAGAGGAUGGCAGAGCGAGGUGGGGGGCUGGCUCCAGGAGGGCAGCCCCAAACCAUCCCCCCCUGCUGCCUCACAAGCAAUAAAGGGAGGAGAGCGGCCCCUGAGCCUUCCCCCAGGCAGGGGCUGAGGGGCUUGGAGCAGAAACACCCCCCUCCCAGCCUGGGUGCGAGGAAGAGCCCCCCCAGCCCAUGGAGGCCUCCUGCUGCCUCCCCCGUGGCUCCUGCCAACGGCCUCCGAAGCAUCAGCUGCUCUUUUUUACUUUGGAUUGAUUUUUUUUGGGGGGGGGUGAGUUUGAGAAAGAAAAGGGAGGUUCAGGGCUUGGGGACCCUCCCUGGGGCUGUGGGGGUGAGUGGCUGGGCUAGGGGUGUGUGGCCCCCAUCCUGCCACCCCCCUCCCCCCCAAAAUUCCUGGGCAGGGGGUGAAAAAAAUCCACAAGGAAGAGAAAAAAAAGAAUUAUAUAUAUAUAAAAAUCACUUAGUGAUUUAAAAAGGACCCAGACUGCUCCCUCCAGACAACUCCUGCAAGAAAAGUCACUCUUGUUUAAGGGUUUGGUUGUGUUUUGGUUUUGUUUCGAUCUCCUCCCCCUCCCCUUUCCCUCCCCCCAACCCCUCCCCCCUUCCUGGAGAAAUAUUGUAAAUAUAUAUUUUUUUGUUGGCGAUUUAGA